AAGGUAAUUGAAACCAACCCUAAGCUCUUUUUAUCUCCGCUCUAAGGGUAGCCCCGAUUAUUGCUGACUUAAGCAUCGGAGUGUCUACCCCGAGUUCCACCUCGGAGCUUUGCAGGUCUUCCCGGAGUGCAAGCGCGGACUGAAGAAGGACUUCUGGUUUGGUGCAAUUACAUUGGCGCCGUCUGUGGGAAUGAACUGAAAGCUUUCUAGUUGCUCUUCCAUCAUGGUUCACACUCGAUCAAUCCGAACUGGUAACUCAUCUCUGCCUCUUGGGCAAGGUCAACCCUCCAACAACCUUCCACCUCUGAUCCCACCUCAAUUCCCACCUCAACCUACACCUCAGCUUCCACCUCAGGUCCCAAUUGUGUUCCCUCCUGUUGAUCAUGCAGAAGGAGGAGAUGAAAACCAACCUCAUGCCUCAGCUCACAAUUCAACUUCCACUACCAACCAAGACGUAGUGACAGCUCAGCUUGCUGCCAUGCAGCAACAGUUUGGUGUUUUUCAGUUAGUACUGGCUCAACUUUUAGCCAAAAGCAAUCCUGGUGACCCCCUCAUUAAUUUACUGAACCCUACUCAACAACCCCCAGCUCCACAACAAAAUCCUCAACCGGUUCAACCUGCUCCCGCUAUUAGAGAAUCGCAGGGUCAAUCCCAUAUAGCACCUGCUCAACAACCCAUCCCUGAUGAUGUUACUCAUCGCCUCGAUAGCUUGGAAAAGCUAGUGGCUGAACACCGAGGUGCUCCACCACCACACCAUGCUGCUGAUUCUAUACCUCACCCUCUGAAUAGCAACAUUACACUGGAACCCUAUCCUGCUGGCUUCAAAAUACCACAACUGGAGACUUAUGAUGGGACGAAGGAUCCCGAUGAUCAUUUGCAUGCUUUCUACUCUUGCAUGCAAGCUCAGAAUGCCUCUAACGUGUUGAUGUGCAAGAUCUUCCCCUCUACUCUCCGAGGUAAUGCCCGAACUUGGUAUCACAGCUUACCUCCGAAGUCAAUUAGCUCUUAUACAGAAAUGACAUCUGCCUUUGCCACUAAGUUUUCCAAUAGAAGGUUGAUUAGGAAAACUACUUCUGAGCUGAUGCGAGUUAAACAGAGGGAUGGAGAAUCUCUGAAGAACUAUAUGAGCAGGUUCAAUGAUGCAGUUUUAGAGGUUAGUUCCUUUGAUCAAGCUGUGGGAAUUGCAGCUGUGAUUUCUGGUCUCAAGCAUGACAAGUUCAAAGACAGUUUAAUCAAACAUGCUGCCACCACCUUUAGCGAGGUGAAUGAUACGUCUCUCAAAUUUAUAACUGCUGAGGAAUACGCCCUGGCACAAAACCCACCUUCCUCUAAGAACCAGAACCCAAAUUGGAGAGAUGACAACCCAAGCAGGAAAAGGAUGAGGAUGGCGCAGAACCGAGGUUCGAUGUUGACCUCCCCAACAAGAGUCAGAAAGCCGAACUCAACACCCCUGCAACAAUCUGCAGGUAAACCUCCAGUUAAUUGGACUCCCUUUAAUCUGCCGAGAUCACAGAUUUUUAUGCAAAUUAAGAACAAAAUGGACUUGAGACGUCCCGGCCCAAUGCGAAUUGCUGCUGCUAGUCAAGACCAUACCAGAUAUUGUGAUUUUCACCAAGAUCACGGCCAUACUACAGAGCAGUGUAAUAGUUUAAGGUCCGAACUGGAAAGUUUAGCUCAGAAAGGAAUGCUGAAUGAGUAUGUUCAGAGAGCUGAACAACCGAGGUUUGUCAGAGAGCAGAGGCCGCAGCGUCAAGGAGCCCGCAAUCCCCCAAAUAGACAAGGUGUGGGAUAUCGGCAAGCCCCACCCCCGUUCCUACCACCACCGAGAAUCAUACACAUGAUUAUGGGAGGCCUUGAAGCAGGCGGGCUGAGCUCUAAACAGCGAAAGCUGUAUGUCAGAGAGCGUGUCCUUGUUGAUAUCGGAAGUGCACCAGAUAUCAUGUACUUCCAUUGUUUCGAGAGUCUUGGGCUGGAUCCAGCGUUGUUGCAGAAAUAUGAUGGUCCUAUUUAUGGCUUCAACAACCAACCUGUUCCGGUGGAAGGAGUUCUUACCCUCCAUGUGGCUUUUGGGAGUGGCCGAACCUAUGUAACCCCCUCAGUCCGGUUCCUUGUAGUCAAAAUGGCGUCCUCUUUCAACAUUGUUAUUGGCCGACCCACACUGAUUGAAAUCCGAGCUGUGGUUUCCCAGUCUCACCUCUUAACACAACCAACGAAGGGCAAAGAUCAGACACCCGAGGCCAUUCCCCAGCGAAUUCCUGAUAAUCAGCAAGUUAUGGGUGUAGAGAUCGUCAAUAAUCGACCGAACGAUGAAACCAGAGUUGCUCCGGUCGAAGAUAUUGAAGAAGUGCUCAUUGAUGACAGAGAUCCGAGCCGAAAGACGCAAAUCGGAACUAGAUUGAACCCGAAAGAGAAAGCUAAGCUGAUAGCUUUUCUCCGAGCUAACAAUGAUGUAUUCGCAUGGACUUCGGUAGAUAUGCCAGGAAUUCCAAAAUCAGUGUCUCAACAUAAGCUCAGCACCAAUCCAUUGAAGAAACCAGUGGCCCAGAAGCGGCGUCUCUUCGGGGGGGAGAGACUUCAGGCUAUUAAAGAGGAGGUAGAGAAACUUCUACAAGCUGGUUUCGUCAGGAAAGUUGAUUACUGCAAAUGGGUGGCUAACCCAGUCCUGGUGAAGAAGGCAAACGGUAAAUGGCGAAUGUGUAUCGAUUACACAAAUCUUAACCACGCCUGCCCUAAGGAUUGCUAUCCGAUGCCGAGUAUUGACAGAUUAGUUGAAGCGGCUUCAAGCAAUGAGAGGUUAAGCCCCUUGGAUGCAUAUUCUGGGUAUCACCAGGUGCCGAUGGCUCCUGAAGAUGAAGAGAAAACCUCGUUCUAUGUUGACGAUGAAAUUUAUUGCUAUGUCAUGAUGCCGUUUGGCUUAAAGAACGCUGGUGCUACUUAUCAGAAAAUGGUGACCAUCGUCUUCCGAGCUCAAAUCGGCAAGAAUCUGGAGGUGUAUGUCGAUGACAUCGUGGUAAACAGCCGGAAAGCAAAAGACCAUCUAGCCGAUCUCGAUGAAACCUUCAAUAACCUCAGAAAGAACAGGAUGCGGUUGAACCCAGCCAAAUGUAUCUUCGGAGUAGAAUCAGGAAAGUUUCUAGGUUUCAUGGUGUCCCGAAGAGGGAUUGAGGUUAAUCCAGAGAAAAUCAGAGCAAUUGCCGAGAUGGAAUCGCCAAAAUCAGUAAAAGAUAUACAGAGGUUGACUGGAAGAGUGGCAGCCCUUCAUCGAUUCAUAUCGAAGUCAGCAAAUAAGUGCCUGCCAUUCUUCAAGAUCAUGAGGUCGGCUGCCCAGAAGGAUGAAUCAGGAAAACAGAAGAAAUUUGAAUGGAGUCAGGAGUGCCAGGCUGUAUUCGACGAGCUGAAGUCUUAUCUUAGCUCACCACCUCUACUGACUAAGGCUGUCGAUGGAGAGAUUCUUUACUUGUACCUAGGGAUUUCAGAUGAGGCCAUUAGUUCAGUUCUGUUGAGAAAGGAAGCCAAGCAACAGAAACCAAUCUAUUAUAUCAGUAGUGUAUUACAUGGAGCAGAGCUGAGAUAUCCUAUAGCGGAGAAAGCAGCACUAGCAGUUAUUCUGCAGAAACCAGAAUGUUCCGGAAGAUUAAUUAAGUGGGCAGUAGAACUGGGAGAGUUUGAGAUAACGUUUCAGCAGAGAUCGGCCAUCCGAGCCCAAGCAUUAGCAGAUUUCAUUGUCGAAUGUACUCCAUGUCCUUCAACCUCUAAUCCAGAGCCCAACGAUUGGACCUUAUAUGUUGAUGGAGCAUCUAGUAGCAAGGGUUCAGGGGCUGGCACUCUCUUGAUUGGUCCAGAGGGAUACCGAAGUGAACAUGCCCUGAAGUUUAACUUUGAUGCGACAAAUAACAUGGCUCAGUAUGAAGCUCUACUACUUGGUUUGCAACUAGCGUUGGAGCUGAAAAUCACUGCAAUUCAAGUGUACAGUGAUUCCCAGCUGGUGGUAAACCAAAUCAACUCUAUCUGUGAAGUUGUUGAUCCUGUGAUGGUGAAGUAUGUAGCCUUGGUGGCCGAGCUGAAGUGCAAAUUCCAGAAAUUCUAUCUGAGUAAAAUCCCUCGAGUUGAGAAUGAACAGGCAGAUUCACUCUCCAAGUUUCCCUCUGAUAGCUCUUUAAGUUCCAGAUCUGUUUUUGUAGAGAUCUUAGAUGAACCAAGCUUCAUGAAGCCUCGGGUGAUGGAGAUUAGCACAAACCCAAACACGCCGAGUUGGACUGAUUCAAUCGUCUCCUUUUUGUGAGAUGGGAUAGUACCUGAAGACAGGCAGGAGGCAAUGAAGUUGAGAAAAAAAG